AUGGAUGAAUAUAAUCAACUAGGUGAAAACACAAUAUCUUCAAGGAGUAAUUUCUUGUAUGGGGGUUCACUUUUUGCACCAAGGUCAUCUUUAUAUGGAAGAACAAACAACGGAUCGAAUAAUCAGCAAAGCCGGUUUCCAAUUAAAAUUUUUCAUCAUCAAUCAAUUGAUUGGUAUGAACAAUCUGAAGGGCAAGGUCAUACUGCUGUAAAAACUGAAGCUGGGACAUCUCAAAAUCAUGCUCCCAAGUUUCACUACCCUCGUAUAAUUAGAGGGCACCAUUCGAUUCAAGAUAAUCGCCCAAGGCAACAAGAUUAUGAGAAUUCUAGUGAAGUUGAUGCCAUUAAAGACAAGAUUAUUGCUCCUCCUCAGUACUCCAACCUUCUGGAAGUUUAUAUGGAUUGUCAAAAGGUGGGUGCUGCGCCCGAGGUGGUGGCUCAGAUCACGGCGGUUCUCCAAGAGUUUGAGACAAGACAGCGAGCUUCAGCGAGCAGUAGAGAUGAUCCAAAGGACCCAGAACUUGACCAAUUCAUGCCCAAGCUUCACAGCUCGGGUCAUAGCCUCCUCACAAAACGGCGGGGGCCGGCCCUGAAUGUGAUCAUUUUAAUCGCGGGCCCCGCCCCUGAAUGUGAGAGGGCUGUGACCCAUGCUGUGAAUCGGGAUGUGGUUGUAGCAGAGCUCAAGAUACGAUUUGGUUCCAUUAUGCAAUAUACGAUGAUGGAAAUCAUACGUCCGCUGUCUUCCCGUUCUUUGACUGGGGCCAUCUGA